AUGGCCGAGCAAGACGAUUCCCACAUGUCCUCGUCGCAGACUCUCUACAAUUCAACUGCAUCCCUCCCCAGCUCAAAAAUAUGCUCUCAAACAUACAAAUCGGCGUCGCAACUGUUUCUGACGCGCCGUCUCCAAGAAUCCUACAGCACUCUCGUUCCAAUUAUCACAGCGCCAACCACCUCCGAUGACGUUCAGAUCACGAAUGGCGACGCCAACACGUCGACACUGGCACCGAUCGCAUAUGCAUCAAGCAAUGUGAGGAUAAAAGUUUGGAACCUGUAUAUAACAUUGCUCAGCAAUAUCAUUGAUCUCGGACCAGAAGAAGGCAAGAAGGAGUUUGGACAGAAAGAAUGGAAAGCUUUGGUAGCCAAGGUGCGCGACGGGUCAGUUUGGGAGGAAAUUGUGCAGACCGGUUAUCAAGGCCUGGAAGGCUCCGUUGAUGCGGAUGUAAUCAACAAUUUAGGUACAUUACUACUCACGCACUCACCGUCACAAACGCUCAACCAACAGCGUCUCGAAAGCUAUCUGUCUGCAUACCAUCAACCAGACCUGGACGUAGCCGCAUACAUGGAGAAUUCAGCGUCAGGCUCUCGACGACUGACCCGAAACGGAGGAACGGACACUCCGAAAGAUCUGGCCGCACGAGUGAAAAUCAUCGAACUAUUUACAUUACACGUUCUGCCCCAAAACGCAGAAUGGGAUUACGCCGCAGAGUUUAUCCGCCUCAGCGAAGUCCUUGACGAGGAACGAAAAGAGGUGUUCCUUCAGACUUUGGACGAACUCAAAGAGGAGAAGGAGCGUGGCAAUCAACGAGCGGCAGAGCUACAACGUGAGAAGGAAGCGGAAUUAGAGCGACAAGCACAGGAAGAGGAAGAAGAAAGACGAAAAGCCGCAGCCGCAGCCGCAGCAGAGAAAGCGCAAAAGGCUUCCGCGGGUCACAGGAGGGCAAACAGUGAAGUAGACUAUGGGAUUGAUAAGAGUCAUCCUAAUGGUGCUGCCAAAGGCAGAUCUGCUGUCAAAGGAGCGGAUAAACCAGGCCCAAGCAACGAUAAUAAGAAAUCCAAGUCUGCGACUACAAGGCGAACAGCUUUAACACCGUCGUCAUCGUCGUCAACGUCGAAAAAUGUCGGAGAACGAGAAAAGCCCGCAGCCUCAUUGUCGCGACGUAUACGUGUUUUCUACAAUGUUAUUCGGAAUAUCUUGCAGCAUGUGCAGAAUUCCGUUGCCGGAAAUCCAAUGGCAACUAUUCGCACGUUGCUUUUCACAAUUGGCUUUGUUCUGGCGCUGAGCAGACAGGAUGUUCGCGCUAGGAUACAACGAUUGACCAAUUCGAGCUGGCAAAAGAUCAGAGGGACGGUUGGAAUGGAAACACAAGGCCAUGGCUCGGAGAUCAUCAAACCACCAAAUCGGGCAUGGAGAAUCCUCAAGAAAAUUCUCCUCCUAAUCCUAAGCCAAUGGCUCAUCAUCGGCAUGGGCAUCGCUUGCUUGUUGGCUUACCUAUUUCCCAAUGUCGGCAAACACGGCGGCACCAUCAAAUCGCAAGACAGCAUUCUCUACGGCGCUGUUGGAUUGGUGUUUCUGAUCUCUGGGCUAAGUAUCCCACGCUCAAAGCUAUACACGCAUAUGUUCAACUGGCGACUUCAUGCAUUGGUGCAGGUUACUUCGUUCCUGCUUGUGCCCGCCGUGGUACUGGCGGUUGUGCAUCUGAUUAUUGCCACUGAUCCAGCGAGAUUGAUUGAUCCUGCUGUGUUGGCGGGUUACAUUCUCACCUCUGCGAUUCCAACGACUAUUGCGUCGAAUGUGGUCAUGACGCGAUCCGCCGGCGGCGAUGAUGCGGCUGCUCUAGUCGAAGUGCUUAUUGCGAACUUUCUAGGCCCGUUUAUGACGGCUGGGUGGACGGUGACGCUCAUGCCGAAGACGGCUGAGUUUGAGCCCUGGAGGAGCGGGAGUAGUGAUAUGAGCCAGAUGUAUCGCGAUGUAUUCAAGCAGCUUGGCCUGAGCGCGUUGUUACCCUUGGUCGUUGGGCAGUUGGUCCGAUGGACGUGGGAAAAGCAGACUGUCUAUGUAUUGCAGAAGUUCUACGUCGCAAAGUUUAGUACGGCGUGUAUGAUUCUUUUGGUUUGGACGACUUUUUCAUCUGCGUUCGCGACGGAUUCCCUGGAGGCGCUUACGACGCAGACUGUCAUAUUCACCGUGCUGUUCAAUGUGGCGUUGUAUCUGUUUCUGACGGUGGUUUGCUUCACGUUAGCCCGACCUCCUCGGCUCUUAACAAGAACGGCUUGGGGAAAACGCGUUUUUCGUCCCAUGCCUCCCGAAGAAGCGAUUGCGGUGUGUUUCUGUGGGCCGGCCAAGACGACUGCACUCGGUAUCCCACUGUUAUACGCGAUGUACGACUCGAUGGAUCUCUAUACAAAGUCCAAAACUUCGAUCCCGGUGCUGCUGUACACGACUGAGCAGAUCUUCGUGGCGCAUUUUAUGGUGUAUAUUCUGCGGUGGUGGAAAGGGCGGUUGGAGAGGGCGGAGAAGCGUGAUCCUGAGAGUGUGGAGGGUGUUUUUGAGUGA